CGGGUCGUCGCUCAUGUCUGACAGGUUUAGGGCUCGCGACGAACACACACAAAUUCUCUCGAAAGCGUAUGGAGCAGCCAUAAAAACCGUCAAAGUACAGCAUCUUCUCGUGCCUCUCCAAGUCACGCGAGAUCCAGAGCACCUCGGAAGCAGUCUGUCAACCAUCUCGUCGACCUUUUCGAGACGAAGGAAAGGCUCAGCAGAACACCUACUGCUCGCCUCGAUCGUACUUUCACGAACCCAUCGCCGUCUCUGCAAAAGAGAUAUACCGCAGCACUCGACUCCAACAAGGAACCUUUCUCGUACUAUCGUCCUGAACAGGCCUAUCGCCGUGAGCCCCUCCGAGAAGAAGACCUCCGACGCGUCGAAAAGGUACUCACCGCCAGACUUUCUAGCAUCUAUUUAUCCCGAUCGGACACAGUUCAGUCUACUGUCCAGUCAACAAGUCGAUGUUCGCCAUCGCAGAGGCCGACGAUCAGAGUUAGCACAUCCUCUCAUUCGCUUUCCAUCAUCAUCCCCGAAGGAGUCAAGCUACCUCUUGUGGCGACAAUACACUCGCCUGGCUCUUUCGACACGCAAAUGUCAGAUAAAGCUCGUGAGCAGGAGACGGAGGCUAACAGUACUCUGCGUGGAAUCUCAAGGCCUGGGCGGAAACAGCGUCGGGCAACAAUCUCAGGGGAAAGUACAGACACAGUUACUCAGGCCAGUGAAGGUCAAGAUAUAUCGGCUGGACUAGGAUUGCCUUUUCUCGCAACGGUCAGCAAAGGUCGCCUCAACGUUUCCGAAGCUUCUAUUCCUGCACCGAAAAGCUCCGAUAUCUCAGCACAAGGACAAGUCUUCACUUCAACACACGAACACCCCGAGAAGAGGGAGCCUACCGACGCUACAACCGCACAAACUGACCCCACUGAUCUGAUAGACUCUGCUGGCCCAGCUGCAACGGCCAACGACGGUCUUGAGCACGAAGCAGCGCCUAGCAAGCUAGGUGACAAAGAAGUCAAUUCUCCCGGUACUGGCCUCGCUGGCUUUGCCACAAAUCCUUCCGCGAGAUCUGAAACGGCCAUUGACCAAAUUCGGGGCACUCUGCCAGAGCUUGCUCCGUUCGACUCAUCCGCCCUGCCGGAGAUCAGAAUCCAUAGACCAAGUGGGACGAUCAUGGCCACCCCUCUGGGAGCUUCUGCUGCAAACAGCGUAGGCGUGCCGGCCACUCCAGCCCCAUCUGCUCUCGGACAAUCUCCUGUAGGAGCCGCCACUGCACCCCUGGGUGGCACCAACCUGACUGGUGCAAUUCCACCACCAACCGGCCUUCCGGUGAAUCCUGCGUCGGUCACCGAUGCCCUCCCUAUGAAUACGACGGCCUUGAACCUUCCAGUACCUGGACUACCCAGCAUCCCCAGUGUUCCUUUAGGCGGGAAGGUUGGCAAGCGCAAGAAGGUGGUGCGCAAAGCUCGGAAAGUAGUGGUCAGGAAAAGGCUGCUCACGGUCCUUUUAGGCCGUGAACUGGCCAAUGCUGUCCAACCUUUGCUGAAGCAAGCCACUUCCGGCGUUGCAGGUGCACCCCUACCAGUGGAUGGCGCCAGUGAUUUACUAUCUGCCCAGUCGGUGCGCAUUGAGCGGACAAGAGAUAUGCGACGAAAGCAACUGAACAGGAGGAUUUCUAUUGCCAAGAUCUAUGCAGCAGCUGAAGCGCGCGAGAAAUGCCAUACUUGCCGGGGUUUGAUCAAGACCAGGUAUCUUCAAAAAUGCCGUCGUCUCGAACUCGAACGGGACAGACCUGGCAUGAAAGCCAUCGACAGGCACGCAGCUGGAAGGGCUAAGGUGGCACAAUUGAAAUGCAAAUGUCCUAAAGGGUUGGCAAGAGCUGAAGGGGCAGGUUCGAUUGGAGAUGCCUGAGUCAUGGAGUGCGUUGGAUGCAGGAUGCGCGUUCCGAUUGUGUUUAGCUGCACUGAACCGCUUAUGUCUGAUGGGACUCAUUGGAGCAUUAGGCCGUGUUGAGAUACAUUAUCACUAGCAUUGGUUGGUACGGGCAACAUAGUCCCUUGGCCAUACA